UACCCCAGAAACCGGUGGUCUAUAGCUUCGUACAAAACAACCUGCCCAGCGGGUUGUCCGGCAUCUGAACAGGUGGGUUCCCGGCAGUGAAUGUGUUAAUUUGCUAAUACUAAAUGUUAAUGUUCCUCCAAAGACAGCAGCUUACCCUCAACCAAGCAAUCCCCAGCUUACCCGCAGCUAAAUUUAGUGAGGAGAACAUUUGUUAUGUAUGUAUGUAUGUAUGUUGUUAUGUAGCGUCAGCUGAGAAUAUGUUUGUGCCUAUACAUUUUGAGCAAAAUCAUUUUAAAUAUAACGGGACGGCAGUGGCCUACCAUCUUAAAUAAAAAAAAUCAAUACAAGGUUUUCGUUUAUACUCUGUAUCUCUAAAUAAAAGUAAACAAACAAUAUGUACAUUUUCGGGCAGUUAUAGCAGUUAUAACGUGUUUUCCUGAUAAUGGAAAUGCAAAAUUGUAGCAUAGUUGUUGUCAUGGUCAGAAACAAAGUAUUUAUAUUGUGAAUUUAAUGAAUUGGUGGCGUAAAAGAAGCACAGAGGCAAAAGAACCCUCGUCAUACUGUUCCUUCUUCCAAACGUAAAACAAAAUAUCUUUUUCUUACCCCACCUGACUAGAAAUGAAAAGUCACGUGUCGUGAUCCCACAGGAAGGAUUCCACAUAUAUAUAUUAAGGUCAUAUUUUUACUUAAAGUAUAUAAACACGUGCAUUUUUCAUGUAGGGAGCUGCAUCUACCAAAACAACAGCUUCAUUCAUUGUUUUGAUGAAAAACAAAUGAAAAUCAAUUGAAUAAAGUAAAUUACUUACUGCUUCAUCUUAAAGGAUUGGCAAACAGUCGACCACCGUUGUAAUGAGGUGCCUGUUGCUCUUGAAAGUGAGUUGACUAGAUGUCGAUAUUGUCGAUAAAUUGUUUUUGUUGUUGAUUACUGAAUGCAAACGCCACCGGCUUCCGAAACCGAAUCCAAAUGAGCUUCGGAGUGAGUUUGCAACAGUCAGUGUUGCCAACUUAGUAUUCAAGCUUAGAGCUAGUGUUGUGCCAAAAAAGAGCUGAAAAAGAGCUAACUUUAUCAGCUAAAGAGAGCUAAAUAAAACUAUUCGAACUUAUUAUAUUUUAAUCAAUAAAAAACAAUGUUCUUAAUAAUAGCACUAGGUAUCAUUAAUCUUCAUCUGACCAUGAGUAACAUAUGUUGUCGUCAUCGUGAAAAUCAAUCACCAAGGAACUUCCACUUGGGCCUGCUGUAGCCUGAUCAGGGUUGUUGUAUGAAGCCAUUGUCCCUAUUUUUUUUAGUACCUCAGUUGGCAGUAUGUAGUUGUGACAGCAUUUUUUUUGACGCCGUAAUCCUGCCCUGAUGGUAAUAAUGGCAUUCGUGGUGGUGUUGUGUAGUCUAUUGCGAGCCUUGUUUUUAACUAUAUUAAGUUGGCUAAAGACUCGUUCAACUUACCCAUUAGACCACGGCAAAGAAAUCAUCGACAAGGCAAAUGAACACAAUUCUAUAAAAGGAUUAUUGCCAGCUGCAUCUUGAUAUUUCCAAACUUCGGACCAAAAUGAAAUAGUGUUGUCCUUUUUCUCCCAUGGUACAAGAGCUAUAUUGACCCACUGUGUUUCUACCUUCGCGAUAAAAUCCUGGCUGUGGCCCGUUUCUCGUACUAGUGAAGUUAUUCUUUCCUUUACUUGCUUCAAUGUGUUUGAAACUGACAACUGGUUGACUUUUUUCAAAACAUUGUAAUUUUCUGGAAGUCUCUGUUUCAGUUGUUUUAUGAGCUCUACUGUGAACUUCACACAUUUAUCCCUGAAUUGCUCUUCAUCUUGGGUUGAAAAUCGAUUGGUCUCUCGUAUUUCUGAAAGCUUACUUUCGACUUUGAAUCCUAGAUAAGGAUGUGGAACCAAGAAAUCUUCUAAAUUUUGUAUUUCGAAUACAUUGAUGUUCCUAGUAGGAUUCAGAACUUUCUUCCCGAGAGAUUCUAUAGCCGUUAUUAGGUCAUUAAGUAAUUUGCUAGGAUCAAUAUUAUUCGACUGAAUUUUUUUUACUAGCCCCUGUAAUUGAUCCAAAACGCUGUGGAUAUAUAACAAAUAUGCUUCGUUUGUGGGAUUCGUUUUUAAUGUUUUAGACAAGUUUAAUUUAGUAAAAAAAUGUAGUUAAGAUUAUCACCUAUACACCGCCAUAUUACAAUAAAUAGUUAUAACCGAGCAACGCUCGGUCGCCCAGGUACUAUAUAUAUAUACAAGAAUUGCUCGUUUAAAGGUAUAAGAUUAUACGACAUUAUUACACAAAUUGACUUAAGUCCCACAGUAAGCUCAAUAAGGCUUGUGUUGAGGGUACUUAGACAACGAUAUAUAUAACGCCAAUUGUUGGGAUUAGUUGCCAAGCGGACGUCAGGCUCCCAUGAGCCGUGGCAAAAUGCCGGGACUCUCGUCGGAAGAGGUGAAGGAAAACAACACGAGGAAAUCGGACUAAUCCUAAUAAGCCCUAGUUUAGUGUCAGAUGGCAGUCGCUUUCCUUUGCAACCUUUCGCCAUCGUCGAUCAUGAGUUAAACUUGCGAGUUAGCAACUUCCAGCGAAGCUGGGAAGACCGUGUCUGAGACUCGUUCUCUUAGUGUAAGGUCUGAGUGGACGCUCGAGUUGGGCGUGCAUGUUAAACAAAUACACGUAUAGGAGCGGCCUUAGUGCAAGCUGCUCACAUCACUUGUGAGCCCGACGCCACGCUGCACGCCCCGCCGAACGCUCCGCUUCGAGCGUCCACUCAGGCCUUACACUUAACACAGCAGUGGCAUUGGUAACAGUGUGUGUUUGUAUAUUACCAUUUAUCACAGUAACAUUUAAAUUGUACGAGUAACUUUAUUGUUUCAGAGCCCAUCAACGUGCUCACUAGCGCCACUGCUAAAUAAUUGUGAUUUAAGACAGUAGAUCAACAUAAAAACUAGUUUGAUGUAUUCAAAAGGUACUUAAAUACAAAAUACAGUACCCAGCGGCCCUCUUUUUUUAAAUAUCUGUCGUUAAAUUUAGACAAUCACAAAUAUUUUCCAGUGGCGCUAGUGAGCACGUUGAUGGAUUGACACUUGAUGAAAUUUUUGACGCUCUAUUAACUUAUACAGCUUGUUUUAAAGACGCGCGUGAUUGUUAUUACCGUGGUAAUAUUUAAAAAUUGAAUUAUCUGUAACAAACAAUGUAUAGUUUUUUUCGCAGAAACAAAAACGCAAACAACACAUAUUUAAAUAACACUUUUACUGUUGUUUAUCUCUUCUUUAUGUGUUGUAUUAUUUGUACUGUUUCUGUAUUGAGGUGUGCAAUAAAGUGUAUUUGUAUUUGUAUAACAGUGUAUUUUUUUAAAGUACCAAAUGCAUAAAAAAAAUCUGUAACUUAUACACGGUGAUCUACUUUGACAUCCACCUUUUGUUGGACGGGCUUAUUUAUCUAACAUUUGAAUAUUUUUCAUUCAUGUUCCUAAUUGAUUGAAAAACCGCUGAUAAAAUAAAGUACGGGACUUGGAGGGCAAGCGAAGCGAUAUUACGCUUCCUUGGACCCCGCGUUUGAACAUGUAUACUCAAGCAAACAAAAGUACUGAAAAUAAGAUUUUGGCAAAAAUUUCAUUUUUGGUACAAGCUUUUAUUGCUGACUACUUAAAACUCCACAGACAAUAUUCAUCGAGACAAUUCUAAAAACUACAAACACAAUUAGGUUGCGUUGUUUUAUCAUAGAGUUCCUAUGGCCACCUCCUGUCUCCAUCAUCAGAUCAGCUCAAUGGUAACAUAAUAUUGCAUUGUCACCCAACUUUCAUAUGUAUGUAAAUUUUCAGCUUCAUUAGAAGUUCGGAAGUGGGUCAAAUUUAACUUGCAAGAUUUGACCCGUAUAUACAUAGGUACAUUGCAACUUAAUAUAAAGCUUGUAAAUACAACUUUUUGCUCAGGAACGGAGUAAGACUCGUGCAGAGGAAGUUCGCGCAAGGUGUACCCAUUCCAGCGAGCAGCAUCAGCGUCGCGCCUACACCGCCGGAGCGCAAACCGGACCCACCUUACUCUCCCAAAAAUGUCUACCACAACAACAUGUCCGCUCGGAACCUGCUCGACAUUGUGUCUAUUCAAAACAUACACAAACACAAGCAAGAACCACUCGUGGUGCUCGAACGUCUUCGAGACGACGAGAUACCGUCGCCCGUCUUGCCGAACGGACGGUGCGUCCGACCAAGGAUCCGGGUGCCCUUGAGACGCCGGAAGGUCAAGGGCAACAAGGGCAACAUGUGCCUGAGGUCAGGCAAGCGCAAGUCCACUGAUGCCGGCAAGGGGCCCACUAAGAAACGAAAGAAGCUGUCCUCGGAGUCCACGGACGACAUACCGCUCGUCUACUAUUUCAACAACCGGCCUGCCAAGCCGCAUAAUAGACAGCACAGACAGAAGGACAUCACAGUUACAGACAAAAAACAAAAAGCGCCAGUCAGAGAGAAACGUACGCCAGCACCAAAGAAAACGGUCACCAAAGAGCGAAGCGACUCCACGGUUGACAAACCACCUUCAAGGGCAGAGUCCAAAGCUCGGCAGCUAAAAAAAGGGCUACCGAAGGACGCACGCUGGUCCACGCUCCGCUCGGCGCGAGCGCCCUCUGAGACCCGAAGCAUAGUGCGACGUCUGCGUAACAAAGUGCUACUAGGUAAGCCCAUUUAUUUAUUUAUUCGUAUGGCAAAAAUACAAUCGUUCAUUCAUAUGAAAUAUAGGUAGAUAUAUUUAUUACGCCCAAUUGCUGGAUCCAUUGGGUGACAUUGUUGUCUAAGGUGAACAAGUCCACUGCUGGGUUGCCCUGGUAUUUGGUGAGUGGGCAUUCGCGCAUAAUAUGGUCAGCUCCACAAUCGCAUGCUGGCGACUCUCUCCAGCCACAUCUGUGUAGGAACUCUCGACAUCCACCCCAACCGGUUCGUAAUCGAUUUAACUGGCACCAACUUCGUCUGGGUAGUGAGAAACCUGUUGGUUUUUCUGUAGGGUUGAUGUUUGUCCCUAGGUUGGUAGGCAAGUUCUCAUUCCAUUCUUGAGUCCAUCUCUCAUUAAUGCUGAAGGGGGUGUUUAAAAGUAUUGAGGCAGUUUUAUGUGGCGGUAAGCCCAUUCCAGCUCUGGAACGCUCUACCUCUGGAGGCAGAGCCAGUCACUGGCGUUGCUAAAAGGCAAAUUAAAAACUUUCGACUUGAAAGGAUUCAGCAAAUUUUUUGUAAGGAAAAUCUGGCGGAAGAUUCUGGGACCUAUCAGAGAUGAAGAUGGAACUUGGAGGCAUAGGAAGAAUAGGGAGCUAGAGGAGCUGGUUGCGAUGCCCAAUAUAAUUGGCGAGAUCAAAGCCACACUCCGCUGGCUCGGUCACCUAGAGAGGAUGGGAGAGGAUCGUGCCGUGAGAAGAGCGUAUGUGGGGCACCCGGGUGGAAAACGUCCGUCUGGGCGUCCCAGAUACCGCUGGAGUGACGAAGUCCUAAAAGACCUGUUCGCCCUCGGAAUACCCAACUGGCGUGAAGUGGCGCAGGAUAGGGCAGAGUGGCGCUCUCUUGUGUCAGAGGCCAAGAUCCUGUUUGGGUCACUGAGCCAGUGAAGAAGAAGAAGUCCCUUGAUUAUAGAACCGGCCGCUAUAACUGAUUAUUUUUCGUCAGCAGCUAGACAUAGUCUCCCUCCGUUGGAGAAAAUCUUCUUUUCUCCAACAACUUUUCUCCUGCAUAUCUAGAUGUUUUAUUUUUAUUUAAAAUGAUUAGAAAUCACAUAAGAUUCUAACCUUUUGUUAGAUAGCGUUUCCUUCAAAAUUUCUCGGUCCCACUCACCUAAACCUACACUAUUUCCUCCUGUGGCACACAGUAUGCUAAAAACUCUUUCUUUAGGCGCACUUGUAAUUUGUAUAAUGAAUCUCUUAACGAUAUAGAUAUUUUUGCUCAUAGUUUGUCCGUGUUCAAGAACAAAGUUCGGCAAUUUUUGUCGUUGAUGGUAAGUAUCGCAGGUGGGGACCAACAGAGGGUUACUACUUACUUACUCCGUUGGCUCAGCGACCCAAAAUGAGACUUGGCCUCCGACACAAGACAGGGCCACUUUUCUCGGUCCUGUGCGACCUCUCGCCAAUUGUCGACUCGAAGCUCGCGCAGAUCCGCCUCCACCAUGUCGCUCCAGCGAUACCUAGGGCGUCCGAUAGGACGUCCUCCUGCUAGGCGACCCAGGUACGCUCUUUUCACGUUCCGAUCUUCGUCUAUUCUCUCAAGGCGGCCCAACCAACGGAGUCUGUGGGCUUUACUUUCUCCCAUGAUAUUAGGUUCAGCCACUUGGUCUUCAAUCUAACGGUUCUUAAGGACUGUCCAACUUCCAUCCGGUCCUCGUUUGGGGCCCAGUAUUUUACGGAGGAUUUUCCUCUCGGCAACUAGCAGCAUGUUUUCUUCCUUGAGUGUUAGUGUCCAUGCUUCAUAGGGCAUAAAGAUUAGGAUCCAGAAUACAUUGCGAUGCAGUGCAGCCCUUCACAAGGUGUUAGUGUCCAAGCUUGUAAGCAGACGCAUCAAGAUCCGAAUCUAUGAGACCGGCUAAAACUCAUUUUUUCCUAAAAAAAUCGACAUUCGAAGUUUUAUAAUAUCUUAUCUCUAAAGUUACACAUAAAGACAGGUAUUUUUUUAGGAAAACUUGAGUUGUAAGCAGAUAUAACAAAACACGUGCUCAUUAUUUUUUGCUGCUUUCAAACAUAUACUCAAACCAGCCAUUAACUAGCAAGUUGCUUGAGCAUCACUUUCUAUAGGAGUUAGAAGAUUUAGUAACUUUUUAGUACUUUGAAGGCCAUUUUCUCCUAACAGGUUGAGUUUGGGCAGCUAAAAAAAAUACGUGUCCGUUAUUUCAGACUACUCUAUAACAUAUAUCAAAAUGAAUCAAAUCGGAACCGGACAGUUGGGUACCCUUCCUUGUUAGGUAGGUAUUUUCGUUGGUGGCGGUCAAGUUGGUCCCCGCCUGCGAUACUUACCAUCAGCAACAAUAUUCUUGUGGGCCUUGUUUUCAUCUUUUUAGUGCAGUCGGGUUUUUUGUUUUUCUAUAAUAAUAUUUUAUUUUAUGAUAAGCAGUUAUAAUUUUGUUUUAAAUGAAUUUCUUGUACAAUUUCCAUGCUGAUAUUUAAAUCCUCAAUCCAUAAAUAGCGAUACUUUUACCUGAAUUAUUAAUUUAAAGUAUUCAAGAAAUAAUAUAGAACGUUAAAUAGGUGCAUAUCGUCGCCGUAGAGCGAAAAGUCACCAAAUCGUUCAUUGGUCAUUUUGAGUUAUGAGGGUUUAAAAAAAUAAUAAUUAAAUUUUUUUUUACUGAAAUUAUCUUAAGAUAAAAUUGUGGUUUUAUAUGUGUUUAUUCAUUAUAAUAUAACUAAAAUGACUUAGGUACGCUCAUAAAUAAGUUACAAGAAGUUGAAAAAUGUAUAACGGAAUUAGGUAUUUUUCGACUAAAAUAUUGAAUCCGAAGUGAGUUUUUAGUUACUUCUUUAACUUUGUAAAAUUGAAACUAUGAUCGCUAUUGCUACCGCAAUAAGACUGAAAUUUGGAGAAAAAAAAAUGCGAUUUUGAUGACAUAUAUAAGUCAAUUUUGGCCAUUUUGUGAUUUGGUGACUUUUCGCUCUACGGCGACGAUAUAUACUUUACUCACUGAGUUCGAGCGCCCAACUAGACUGUAAUGAUCAUCCCCUUUCAUCCGUUGGUAAACAAUGCACUAUACAUUCAUUCCAAUAAGGUUUCCGAUGCGAUAUAUACUUAUAUAUAAUACGCAUGGCGUACAAAGGAUCAAACGAAAACACUUUAGUGUUAGAUUGUGUUUAUAAAAGCAUUUUGAUUGCACGAUAGUGCACACGUUCGUGUUUACAUAGCCCGGAAUAUCAAACAGGGGACCGUGAGGGAACUUAAUUAAUUCAAGCCUAUAGUGGCACUUUGAAUGGCGGACACGUACGGAAAUCAUUUUUCUGAAACCUGUAAUGAAAUGUUGACAUGACUUACUUCAAAUUAGGUCCGGAAAUACUACAUAUCAGGUGCGAUGAAUGAUGAUAUGUAAAGGAAUUUCAUACAGCCUUACACACCUAGGCCUGUAAGGCAACCUUCUUUUGUUUUUAAACGUCAAAUUAUGGCACGUCUUGGCAUUCAACCGUAAAAAACCUAUAAGCAAAAUUCUGCCAGUAUGCUUUUUUUUGUGUUUUUUUUUCUUUUUUGUGUUUGUUAAAUAUUACUUCGGGGAUUCAAAGGGAAACAAAAAUUUCAUAUUUUUUGCGCUUUGACGCACGGUUUAGGAGAUACAGCCCCAAAAAGUUUUAUUUUUUUCAGUCAUUCAGAAAUCUUUAUAGGGCUGUAUCUCCUAAACCGUGCGUCGUAGCGUAAAAAUAAUCAAUUUUUCGUUUCCCUUUCGGUAUCAACAAAAAACGCAAAAAAGAAAAAAAAAGAAAAA